AUGGAGCAGAAGAGCUUCGAGGAGGUGAAGAGCUGCUGGGGCGAGGACGACGAAGAGCUGAACUUCCUGGAGGAGGCGCAGGCGCGCCGCGAAGGUGAUCGCAGCAAGGAGCUCUUGAAAGAGCUGCAGAGGUGCCAAUUCGUCGUCAUGAGGCGCAUGGUGAUCGUGAGCCAGGUGGCCGUGCUGACGCUGGCCUCUUCGGGCAACGUGGGCCUGCGGGUGGCCCAAGAGCUGUGCCACGUGACCGGAUGGGCGCAGAUGAAGUCCACGACAAACUUUGGGCCGCAAGAUCAUCAGUCUGGGAUUGCCAUGGGCAUGUCCCAGGAUUGCUCAAGUGGCGACAAGGGCGAGACCGCCAAAGGCGGUGCAAAAGGCUCGGGCAGGAAGCGGAGCAAAGGAAAGAAGGGCGACUCGGAGCCCUCGCAGGAGGAUUUGGCGGCCGCCUUAGGCGUCGACCAGUUUGAGGAGCCAGACACGGAGUGUCCCUGGUGCCAGGUGGAGUACACCGAUGACUCCAACUUCUGCGGAAGCUGUGGCAAGCCCAGGAAGGCGCUGAACUGCUACAACUGCGAGAGCCACUACUUGAAAGGCACCAGAUUUUGCCACAGCUGCGGGCUGCCGCGGCAAGGCAUGCCCAACGGCAACCUCCAGGCCCAGAACGGAGCCUUCACCGCUGGCGGCCACAAGCCCCUAGGGCCUGCGCCCUUUCUGGGGCCAGACAGCUCCCCUUCAGCGCGGACGAUUGGGCCCGACCCUAUCUACCAGGAUCAACUGCUGAAGGAGAUCUCGGAGCUGGAAAUGCAGGAGUACACGCAAGACGGUGAGGAAGGCUUGCCCAUGCGGGAUAUGUGCAGGUCCGUCGAGAUGGCCCUGGACGAGCCCUACAAUGCGCUGGUGCACCGGCUGCGAGGUCGACUGGUGGACUUCAGGGGCCGCUGCGACUUCGCGGCCUCAGAGAAGCAGCGCUGGCGCGGCGAGCGCAUCCAGCUCCGAGAGCAGUGCCAAGAGCUGCAGACCCAAAUCGAGGAGGAGAAGGAUAAGGCGCUGCAGAAGAUCACGCAUCAGGCGAACCACUCGCUGUCGGUGAGCCGAGGAGCGCGCGCGGGGCGGCAGUCGGUGCGGCUGGCGGGCGGCGUGGGCGGCCACGGCCUGGAGCUUAUGGAGGCCAGCGAGCAGGACGCUGGUGCCAUCGACAUGGCCACCAACAUGAUCCUCAGGUCCAGGCUGGGCGGCUUCGUGGUGUCUGUGGUCUACGCCAUGAUCCCCCUGCAGUCAGAUGUGCAGACGAUCUCCUCCCAGUUCGGCAGCGGCUGCGGGACGUUCUUCAAGUUCUACUCCUACCUCCUGCUGCUGGCGCUCUUUGCUGCCUUGGCCUUCGGCCCGCUGCUCGUUAUGCAGACGGUGGAGCAGUGGGACAGCUUCAACCUCAGGAUGUGCGGCACUUUGCCCUGCUCCUUGUUCAUAGGCAGCUUCUACCGCUCCGCCGGCACACAACCGGAGCAGUGGCAGAGCGCCGUGGAUCUGCGGAAAAGUUCCAACGGCUCCCUCGCAGUGGUCCAGGACAUCGGCCAGGAAGCCUUCGACACACAGUUCGCAGCUUGCCCGAUGGUGCGAUACGUGCGAGAUUGCCGCACCUUUGCCGUCUUUGCUGGCAUUUGGGACAACAGCUCUGGCUUGAGCCCGUACGAGGUCUUUACGAGCUCCUGGCGGAGCUUGCCAGGCACGCAGAACCAGGAUUGGGUCAUUUACAGCCGCUUCGCCGACAUGGUACAGGCGGAGGAGCCGUGGCCACGGUGCAGCGUGAACUCCAGCGCCGCGAACCAAGGCUUCCCUGGCAGCUGCGUGCCCAGCGGCUUUCAGCUCUCUGGCAGGUGGUUCGGCACCACCAGCUUCGAUGGGACCGUGCCCUUGCAUGGCUUCCAACUGGAGACCUUUAAUGCAUCCAGGUGCCUAGCUCAGAGCCACGCCGACAUCCGCAACAUGGCUGGUGGCAUCUCCGUAAGCUUUGCAAACUCCGGCAAGGAGCUCAUGUUGGCCUUCUGGUACGUCUUCGGAAACUUGGUCUCGAUCAUUUUUGCCGUGCUCUUCGUGCUCGGAUGGUGGCAGAUGACCGAGGCCAAGUACAACUUCGAGCAGUUCUCCGAGAAGCUGGAGCCGCUGCGUUGGAGUUCCCUGACGCUAGGCAUUUGGAACUUCGGUCUGACCACUGACUCAGACAGAACGCUUUGGGCGCAGAAUGUGGCCAGCCAACUACGGCUUCUCUAUGCAGAGGAAAAGGAGCAGGAAAAGGUGAAGAGUCGCACAGCGAUUGACCAGAACGUCCUCAUCUUCAAACGAUGUCUAGGCUUUGCGGUGAACCUGGCCAUCAUCGUGGGGCUGUGGAUAUCGAUCUGGAUCUGCACCAGAGAUCGCGACUACCUGGUGGAGCUUCUGGGUGGCUUCUUCCAAGACUGCUGCUCUGCCGCAGGCGUGGGGCAGUGGCUGGGCUACAACUUGGCUCCGCUGAUGGUGACGGGCGCUGGGGUGGUGCUGCCUCCCGUGGUGGAGAUCUUGACUCAGCUGGAGUCCUGGCCUCACUACCUGCACCCGCGGCUGAACAUCUACCGCUUCUUCCUGGGCCAGAUCCUCACUGCGGGGCUGUACCUGGCCAUCAGCCUCGAGCUGCUCUACGACUUGCCACUCUGGACCGGCCAGGAUCUGGUUUUGCAGCCCUUGGUGGAGCCCUGUGGCUACUACCCCUGCAAGGCAGACCACGCGGGUGCAGAGGUGCUGGCGUUGGCCGUGACCGAGUAUGGGAUGAUGCUGCUGAAGCCCUUUGUCAAGCUUGCGCUGGCGGGCCUUCGGCACGGGGUGAAGUACCUGCUGGGCGUACGAGGUGGCUUCCUCUGGCCGGAGUUCCAGAUCCAGGAUGACGCGGUGAAUGUGAUCUACUUUUCUGCCCUGCUCUGGAGCUGCCUUUCCACUGUACCCUAUAUGGCAGUCAUCGGCCCGCUGCUUUUGUACAUACACUUCAAGUGGCUGAGAUUCAGCCUGCGGUACUUGACGAGGAGACCCUUCCUCACGGACACUACUGGGUUGCUGGUGACGCUGCAGAGGGUCACCUGCAUCAACUUUGUGGUGCUGGGCCUGCUGGUGAUGGGGCAGCUGAUCAUUACAGUGCCCUACGAGCCGCACUGUGGGCCUGUGGACGGCUUUCAAGCCGCAGGACAGAUGAUUUGGCAGCUGGAACUGCCGCUGAAAGCGGCCUGGGCCAGCGCCUACGACUGGACGCUGCAGAACCGCGGCUCCAUCGUGGCGGUCAUGCUGUCGCUCAUGCUGGUUCUAUGGAUGUGGCAUCAGGUUUCGCUGCAGACCAAUCGCAGCGUCCUGGAACAAAUGUCUGGUGUGGCGAAUCGCCAUGUGGCGUCUCUCAGCAGGGAGCUCUGGCGCAUGGAGCGGCGGAACGACCUGCUGAAGCGGCGCCUGGAGUGGCUCGAGGGCAAGGCUGCAGAGGACUGA